UUUAGCAACGUGAAGUGGUUUUGAUAUUGAAUCGCCCAAUUAUACCAACCAUGCCUCCUCGAUUACAAUGUUUAAACGCAGCGCGAGAUGCGCUCUCAAUGUCAGCUCUCAGAAUGCGAUUUUCAACUAGUAAAGUUGUCUCGGCUGGUAGGCCCAAUAAUCUUACAUUGAUCAAUGCAUUUGCUAACCCGCGCCGCAGAACUUCCCUCCGCCUUCGACACAUCGUCCUCGGAUGUGCCUGGUAUGGGUGGUCUCAUCUCACUUCUAAACAAAACUCAGGAGCGACGUAGGGCGGUACAGCCCCCCCUGAGAGUGACUGCACAAAACUCCGCCCUGGAAAACGGAGCAUGGCAGACAAAAACAGACCUGACGAAACAAAUACAUCGAAGGUGGAAGGCUGGAGAUGUUUAUGCACCGCAUGAUUUAAGUGGGAUAGAAAUGUCGAAAUGGAAGAAGAGAGGAAAGGUCACUAGAGAUGUAUUUGAUGUUGUUGCAUUUGAUCCUAUUGCUACGGGAAGUUAUAAGGUUAGUUUUCUCUUCGUGGAAUGAAAGAUUAGGAUGAGUAGGACUGGUUAAGGAAUCUAGAGCUGUACUAAUGAGAAAUGUAGAACUUUUCGAUAAUGUCAGAAUAUGUAACUCCCAUGGGAAGGAUCAGGGGAAGUAAGGAAACUGGAUUGAGACCGGUCAAUCAGAGGAAGAUUGCGAAGGCAAUCAGAAGGUCUAUUGGUAUGGGCAUGAUGCCUAGUGUUCAUAGACAUCCCGAGGUUCUUUAUAAGGCGAGAGAGAGAGAUGAGCAGAAUGAUAACUACAAACGAGGUGUACUCGUUUGAGAGGUUAGCAGAAAUAGAGGAAUGUAUGAUAUAUAUGCACCGGCUGGCUUGCAUAACCGCGCCCAACUAAGUAGAAUUGUUGGCAUAUUGAAUUCAAGGAUGCUUUAUUUUUGGCCACGGAAUGCUGCCUAUUAACCUGGUUUCACUUGAGACUGCGCCAGGGGAUGUGUCAGUAUUCUACCAGCCAAAAAUGAAGUCAGGAGGCACACUCUGAAGUAAUCUCAGUUAAAACUUCGGCAAAUUAAACCAAUAUUGGCUGCUGAAGUUUCUCUUAUUCAACCUUAGCCCCAGGAAAUCAACAAAUUCCGGCAAGUUAAAUAGUGUAUGACGAAAAGG